UCCAGUUUAGAUUUUCAUUUCUAGUUCAAAUUGUACUAAAAGUAAAAUUUUAAACUAGACAAUAAUUUUGGGAGAGAGGGUGUAUUUGUUUUUGGAGUGGCUAGCUGCCGGGCUGGCUUGUUUGUUUUUCCGAGAUGAUUCGAGAUGUCCGCAUGCAGAAACGAUAAAAUAACCAGAUGACAAAACAUGUGAUUUCAUUUCAGGCUUUGUUGACCAAUUCCAAGGAAAGUGAUGGGCAGAGGAGAGACCCCCCCCAAAAAAAAUGCUUCGAGUACAGUGUGCAAUGCAAUGGCGAUGUUGAUAUGGGAGAGUUGACUUACCUGUUCCUCUUAGAUAAUUGAUCCUUCUCUUCCAUCUUUAUUUCUUUGUUUCUUUUCUUUUUCUUUGUUUGCUCGUUUUUGCAUUCGUGUUUCCACCAUUGGUUUCUCUGUGAAGAAAUAAAGUAAGGGAAAAAAAAAUGGCGGAUUACUUACCAGAUUUUGCUCGAGAUCUAAAGGAACUUAGAUGGAGGAAGCCCUUUGGUGGAAUCCCCUGGGAUGGUACGGUCAUCAAAUUUGAGCUUUGGAUGGAGCUGGGAUUACUGUAUGUUUUCGCCGGUUACGCUCAGAGGCGGCGGCGGCAUAAUGCUGCAGUGGCGGCGGACGACGACGUUUCAAUGGAGGCCCUGUUCCUCCAAAUCGAGCAAGUUUACAAGAGUCACAUCUCCGUUGCUGCUAAGGCACUUGGUACGGAAUCAUACCCUGCGGCUCUCGCUUCUUUGGAAGCAGAAAUUGGGCGUCUCAAGGCACAGAUCAUGGAAGCUUACCAAAAGAGAUCAUCCCCUUUCACAUCCAGCCAAUCAAUGUCCUCUUAUUCAGAGCAGGGUACUGAUUCCUUCGAUUGGGAAUUCUUUGCUGACAUCCUAAUUUGGAGAAUACGCUCACUUCCCGAUUGCAGUGGUUAUGGUUCCAUUCGUAUUCUGGCAUCCUUUUACAGGCCCAUAGAUAAGCUUGUUGCGGCUUCUUUUAAAUCCGGCGGCGGCGGCGAAGGGUCGACGGUUUGGGGAAGGGAAAUGAUUGUGUACAUUGAAGAAAUAUUGGUCCACAUUGCUCAUUUCUUUUGCUGGCGUUGGUAUACUAAUACUCUGUUUCCACCGGAAUCCAUGGCCGAUGAUGGCCAACAGGCUCUGGAGGAUGAGGCUGUUAGCCUCCUGUCAAAUCUCCGCCGCAAAUUGGAUCCUGCUUCUCCCGAGUUCCUAGACGCCGCUCUGGGAUUCCUCCCCACCGGUGGCUCUUGUGGUGGUGAUGAUGAUGAUGCUGCUGAUGAUGACGAUGGUGGAUUAAAACAAUGUGUCCGUUUUCUUUACCUUAACCUCAAUUUUGAAAGCGAAUCUUUUUACACAGACAUGGAGUUUCUGUUUUCCUUUCUCUUGAAAUUUCCUGUGAUGCAAGAGUACCUAAAGAUGGAUGAGAAAAUGGGUGAUGUUGGUUUAGUUGGACGCAUUAAAGGUAUAUAUAUGGAGGCUGCAUCAGCCCCAGAAAAUGCCCAGGAAAUUGUGUUUGGUAUCUUAAUUCCAAAGAUGUGGUAUCUUAAAGCUGAGAUUUUCGUCAAAAUCACUGCCACCCUCCGGCAACAUUUCCAGCAAGUGGACCUGACCUCUUCUUGCAGGACAGAUUCUAUGGAUGACCUAAACAAUGCCCUUCUUCAAAGGUCCAAAUUUCUGCAAGACAAUUCUCAUGUGGACGGAACCAGAAACAGAACCCUAUGUUGCAUCUAUCAAUAUCUGCAACAAGUGUUCUCCUUGGAUGACCAUCUGGGAGCCGUGCAGCAGAUCUGUGAAACACACCUAGUUAAAGAUGAAGAAAGUUCGUUGGAGUUCAUUGAAAGAUUUCCUAAGCAGCUCCAAUCAAUCAUUCGGUCUUCUCAUGAUGAGGAUGCCUACUUGCUGGCCACCAAGGUCUGCGAUUUACACUUCCAGUUUUAUGUACAGAUGAUGCUCGAUUUGGCCAAAGCCUUGUUUGGAUAUUGGAUCCUGAAUGACGAUAUUCCAAUGCUCCUGAAGCCAAAAGUUGAAUCUAUUGCAGAUGAACUGGAUUUCUUGGUGAAAGUAGCGACUAUUGCAACUGCAAACAUGAUCACAGAAGACGAGAAGCAAUUGUUCACAGGUAUGGAAGUAGUGGCUUCCAAGAUAGUAUCUUAUUUAAUCACAAAAUUUGAUAAGAAAGAAGAUGCAAACGAGCAGAUAGAUGUAGUUCUUCAUAACUUACUGCAAAAAGUUGACCAUUUGAUCCUAAUGCUCAAAGGGAUGUAUCUUCAAAAUGGAAGGUUUAUCCCAAAGACUCCUAGCCCUGGUCUAUUCCAAUGUCUCCUACAGAAGUUAAGAGGGAUCCUUAACAGAAAGGGCGAUUUCACAGCAUCUGAUGUACGUCCAUUUGAAACCAUCCACGAUGAUUUGGAGUUCAUAAUGUCUACUUUUGGAGACCAUUUUGAUCCGGUAUCUGAGAAAUCGGGAUUCAAAGAUCUUCUUGCACAGCUCACUCACGCGGCAUAUCAAGUAGAAUGCAUGGCUGACUUCCUGGUGCUUAAAGAUGAUGCCACGAGGCAACAAUUAUUAUGGUGCCGGUAUUUGCCUGAAGAGAUUAAACGCAUUAAGUUGUUGUUUAAUGAUAUCAACAAGGGCACCACUUUUGAUCAUGAUGACCAAGCCGCUCCCCCAAGUUUGGUACCUGUCGCGUCACAGUCCAUGACCGCGACAAUUGGGGAAGGUAUGGUUGGCCUCCAUGAUAAAGAAAAGAAGAAGAUUCUUAAUCAACUCAUUAGAGGUACUUCUGAAAUGCGAGAUAUUGUCACCAUUGUGGGAAUGCCAGGAAUCGGUAAAACCACUUUGGCGCUUAAUGUGUUUCGCAGUCCUGCUGUUAUGCAUCACUUCUCUAUUCGCGCGUGGUGUGUUGUUUCACAAACAUAUAACAAAAGGGGGUUGUUGCUUAGUAUCUUAAGCCAAAUUUUAUCUGUCAUGGAAGGUAUCCAUUCCAUUCCUGAUAUCGAUUUACAGGAAAUGUUGUGUAGAAAAUUGAAGACGGGAAAGUACUUAAUUGUACUGGACGAUAUGUGGAGCACUAAGCCAUGGGAAGAUUUGGAGAUUUCAUUUCCGCGGGACUCAAAAGGUAGCAGAAUCCUGAUAACUAGUCGUCUUCAGGACGUGGUUUCAAAUUUUAAUGUUCCCCACUCUCUAGGAUUACUCACUGAUGAGGAAAGUUGGAAAUUAUUAAAGUCAAAGAUAUUCUCAAAUGAAGAGUGUCCGAAAGAACUGUUAGAUAUUGGAGUGGAAAUUGCCAAAAAUUGCAAAGGACUCCCACUAUCUAUUGCUGCAAUAGCUGGUCUUCUUCGUGCAAGUGUGAAUCAGGCCUCGUGGAAACAAGUUGCCCGAAGUGUAAGCUCAAUUGUAGUUAAUGAUCCAGAAACAAGAUGCAAGGAGCUCCUAGAAGUCAGCUACAACCAUUUACCUGGUCACCUCAAAGCUUGCUUACUUUAUGUUGGAGCAUUUCCGGAAGAUUCUGAGAUUGCAGUCAGAAAGUUACAGUGGUUAUGGAUGGCCGAGGGUUUUGUGCAGAAAUUGGAGUCUAAAAGUGAGGAGGAUCUUGCAGAGGAUUAUUUCAGAGAUCUCAUUGGUAGGAACCUGAUAAUGGUAUCCAAAAAAAGAUCAAAUGGUAAGGUGAAAACAUGCCGAGUUCAUGAUGUGGUACGUGAUUUGUGCAUUUUGAAAGCUAAAGAAGAAAUUUUUUGGCAACUGAUAUCUGCUAAUGAUGAACCUUACUCUUCUUUUGAUGAUUUUGAUUCUGAUAUUUAUGAUGAGCUUUUCAGACCUUCAAACUCCAGAGUUUAUGAUUCACUUCGAAUGUGCUUUUAUGUGAACCGAGAACACUUUGUUGUGUCGAAGCCUUCAAAUCGGGUUGCUCAAUCUCUGCUUUACAUUGCUACCAGUGAUUCGUAUCCGAGAUGCCCUUAUGAUUUAUCUUUCAUCUCUAACAACUUCAAAAGAGUUGCAGUGUUGGAUUUGGAAUCAAUCAAUAUGGGGAGCACCUUUAGAAAUGAAAUUGAAUCUCUUGUUCUUUUGAGAUUCUUAGCAGUUUCUGGUGACAUGGAGUCUAUCCCACCAUCUUUCUCCAAACUACAGAACCUGGAAACUUUGGUUGUGAAGGGAUUCAAGAAAAAGAUAGUGCUUCCAGAUACCAUUUGGAGAAUGAGAAAGUUGAGGCAUGUCCACAUGACUAAUCGCCUGAUCUUCACUUUGGAACAUGUUGAAGAUGGAACCUCCUCUCAGUUAGGUGAUUUGGUGAUACUUUCUGUUUUGUUCCUUAAGUAUGGGGAGGCAAGUAAUGACUUGAUAUUAAGAUUCCCCAACCUUCAAAAUUUGAGCUGCAUAAUCUUGGGACCAAGAUAUGUGUCCACAAAUUUCUCUCAGUUUCAUGAAUUGGAAUCGCUUCACAAGUUGGAGUCCCUCAAAGUAACUUACUAUGGCAGGGUUCUCAAUGCCGGUGAACUGUACUUUCCCUCCAGUGUCAGGGAGUUGACUCUAUCAAAAUUCCGUCUACCCUGGAGUUAUAUCUCAGUGAUUGCGAGAUUAGGUAACCUUGAGGUCCUCAAGUUGAUUUCGAGAGCAUUUGAAGGUUCAAGUUGGGACAUGACAGAAGAAGAGGUGUUUGUCAAGCUUAAGUUCUUGAAAUUAGACACACUAGACAUUGUCCAUUGGAAUCCCUUCUCCAGUGAUAACUUUCCUGAGCUUCAGCACCUUGUUGUGCGAAAUUGCAGGGAGCUUCAGGAGAUUCCCUCUGAUAUUGCUUAUCUCCCGACAUUGGAGGAGAUUGAGAUUCAACAAUGUGGAACUUCUCUCGAAGAGUCCGCCAGAAACAUUGAGGAAGAAAUGGAGUGGCUCAAGAUUGUUGUCAACAAGUCACUUUCAGAUUAAAGAUUUUCACAUGGAUUGUGGAUUUACUUCUCUUAACAAGCAGGAGCUUUGUAGAAGAAGUUCAGUCACUCUCAGUUCAAGAGGCUCCCUUCCCUUUGCUUGCUAGAAAUACGCAGCGCCGAGGCUGCUGCAUUACCAGUCCAAUGCCUCUGAGUGGCAUUAAGUUCUUAGCUGUGAAAUGGAACUAAUGGAACUUUUGUUCUUCUGUGAGGUUGACGAAAUAUUUGCUGUAAUCAAUUGAAUGUUGGACCGCCAAAACUUGAAUCUGAUGCUGCAUCGCUUUUGGUUUUGCUGCUGUUUUUCGUUUCUUGCUGCUAUGUGUUUGAUUUCAGUUGAAUGAUGUAUACAGAAAUCUUUGGUUCGUUUUUUUAGUGUGUGUUUUUAGGUGUUUUUUGUAUUGGGAAUGUAAAAAGGUGUGUUGGAAAUGUAAAAAAGUGUGCGGAGAUGAGACAGUUAUUAAUAAAAUAUACUGAAAAAACCAUAAAAAAAGCAAACAAACAGAGCCUAAAUAUGUGUUUCAUUUUUUCUUGUGAGUUGUGAUUGUUGGUUUGUUUGGUUUGUUCACUGUAGACUAUUUAAAACUCAGCGCACGCGGUAUCCAAACUGCAGCUUAGAUUUGUCAAUGAUAUUCAUCCUAUUUUGAG